AGUCAGAGUGAGAGAUUCGCUUUCAUUGCAGAGUGGUAUGAUCCAAAUGCUUCACUUCUUCGGCGUUAUGAGCUUUUCUUUUACCCAGGGGAUGGAUCUGUUGAGAUGCAUGAUGUAAAGAAUCGUCGCACCUUUUUAAAGCGAACCAAAUAUGAUGACCUGCACCUGGAAGAUUUAUAUAUAGGCAACAAAGUGAAUGUGUUUUCUCGACAAUUAAUGUUGGUUGACUAUGGGGAUCAGUAUACAGCUCGCCAACUGGGCAGUAGAAAAGAAAAAACAUUAGCCCUGAUUAAACCAGAUGCAGUAUCAAAGGCUGGAGAAAUAAUUGAAAUAAUAAACAAAACUGGAUUUACUAUAACCAAACUCAAAAUGAUGAUGCUUUCAAGGUAA